GCCUCGGCCCAGUUUAAACGGGUGACGCUUUGUCAAUGACUGUAUCUCUUCUGAGAGGAUUAAUGCAGCCUGAAGGUGGAGUAAAAAUUGUGAAGGUUUGUGGCGGGCGGCAGAGUAAUCCUUUGAGCUCUCGGGGAGACAGACAGACAGAGAGGGAUGGGAAUGUCGAACUCUUUGCUUUCGGAUUUGGUGCAUUUUUUGAGAAACUGAUGGGCUGAAGGACAUUUUCCCCAAUAAAGGGACGUUUGGUGAAGACUAUUUAAUGGCAAUAUUUGGGACGGAGCUACUCAUCCUCAGGGAACAGAAAUGGUGCACAAACUUCUGCUGCCCAUCGCUUUAGCAGCAAGCCUCAUCUCACCUGAUCUGUCAGGUGCCACAGCUACCAAAACAAAAAUGCAAGUGAAGAACAACUCAGGUGUGACACCAGCAGGGCAGUGUGGGACAUGGGUUAAAGAGUCUGAGGGAGGUUAUUUCACCUCACCCAACUACCCUGAGAAAUACCCGCCUGAGAGGGAAUGUGUCUACAUUAUAGAAGCCUCUCCCCGACAGUGCAUCGACUUGUUCUUCGAUGACAAGUAUUCCAUCGAGCCGUCCUGGGAGUGUAAGUUCGACCACAUUGAGGUCCGCGAUGGGCCCUUUGGUUUCUCUCCCAUCAUUGGCCGCUUCUGUGGGCAGGAAAGCCCAACAUAUGUCCGUUCUAGUGGGAGGUACCUGUACAUCAAGUUUGUGGCUGAUGGAGAACUGGAGGCCAUCGGUUUCUCUGCCCGGUAUAACUUUACACAAGAUCCCGAGUUCAAAGGGGUUGGGGAACUGCCAGCUCUGCCAUUUUGUGAGUUUGAGCUGAACGGACCGGAAGGCUUUGUGGAGUCCGCCCAGAUAGCCGCGGAGAGCCGGGCGCUGCAGACUGAGGCUGUAGACUGCAGGUGGUACAUCAAGGCGCCACCAAGAUCUAGGAUCUACUUGCGUUUCCUGGAGUAUGAGAUGCACAACUCGAAUGAGUGCAAGCGUAAUUUUGUUGCCAUCUAUGACGGCAGCAGUUCGGUUGAGCACCUGAAGAAUAAGUUCUGCUCCACAGUGGCCAAUGAUAUCAUGCUGGUGUCCUCUGUGGGCGUGGUGAGAAUGUGGGCAGAUGAGGGAAGCAGGAAAAGCAAAUUCAGGAUCCUCUUUACAACUUUCCAUGAGCCUCCGUGUGAUAGUGGAACUUUCUUUUGCCAUAGCAACAUGUGCAUCAACCAAACCCUGGUCUGCAAUGGUAUCCAAAACUGUGUUUUUCCAUGGGAUGAGAAUCACUGCAAAGAGAAGAGGAAAGCCAGUAUCUUGGACACGCUUGAUAACACUAACCUCGCUAUCAUUGGAGUAACCUGUGGCCUGGUUGUCAUCCUGCUUAUCAUCUCUGUCAUCAUCCAGGUCAAACAGCCUCGCAAGAAAUACAUCAUCCGCAGAGAUGACUUUGAUCCUGCCCUCCUUCACCCUGGUUUUGAGCCUCCUCACUAUGAGCUCUGCACUCUGCGCCGCACCCCAUCCGGCGACCUCACUGAUGCCGCCCUGGCCGAGGACUUUGAGAAGUUCCACAAGCUCCGCCGCUCCUCCUCUAAAUGCAUCCGCGACCACCAUUGUGGGUCUUUCCAUGGGAGCAUGCAUGGCAGUGUCCACGGUAGCCGCAGCAAUCUGAGCAUGAGGGACGCCACUAUCGCGGCUGAUGGGGGGGCUCUUGUGCCGCCGCCGAUGCCGCCGCCGAUGCCGCCGCCGAUGAUGAGCCUGCAGUCAUCGCGCCUCUCCCACCACACCACACCAGCAGGUCGAAGGAACAUGCUGGUGAUGAAGCAUAGCUAUUCUCAGGACGGAGCUGAGGGGUACGGGGCGGAGGAGGAGGAGGAGGAGGAUGAUUUGAUGAUGGAUGAUGGUCCCAACACUAGCCAGCACCACAUGCACCACCAUCAAAUCCACCAUGGCACAUCAGGGCUGGACCACACUGUCCACCGUACACUGUCUAAUGACUUCUAAUGUGAGGGGACAUGGAAAUAAAGAGAAUGGUCAAAAGAGAUCAACACCUCAAUUAUUUUACUGAUGAUGUAAAAACCCUGACUUUUAAAUUAGAUUUCAGAUUAAUUCAUUGGAAUUAAUGCUGAUGUUUACAGAUCUUUUUAGUGUUUCUUGGUCCCAUACUACACAUUAAAUGGAAGUUUUACAUUGUAUACAACAUAAAUAGAGUGGAGUGGAGCUUGUGAAACACACACUAGUAAUUAUAAUAAUAAAUACCCCUCUGCCAAGGAGUUUAGGAGCACUGUUGUAGGCUACAUCUUGAAUAAUACAUUGCUUUGGUAAUGUGAGUGUGGAUGGGAGUGGCAGGGAAAUAAACUGUCAGGAUUUUCUUUUUUAAGAUCAUUAAAUCCCCACUCAUUCAAA